CAGGCAUGGCACUAGUAGUACUGUAUCAAACGAUAAGCGGGGGACCGAGUAGCUGCUCGCCUCGAGUCCCUCCAGCUCUUUUCUCCCCCCACGCCCGGGCCCUCCACCAGCACUGGUCCGGCGACACAUACACGAUGCGCGCCGCCUCCGUCCUCCCGCCCGAGCUCUUCGACGAGUCGAUCGACCACCUCUGGGACGACCCCAAGUCGCUCGCGGCCUGCGCGCUCACAUGCCGCAGCUGGGUCGGCACGAGCCGCCUCCACCUCUUCCGCACCGUGCGCAUCCAGAACGCGGACCAGUGCGCACGCUUCGCGGCCCUCCUCCAGAGCGCGCCCGUCAUCGCGCAGUGCGUGCGCAGGUUUACCGUGAGCGCGGAGUACAAGGGCGUCGAUGAAUCAGGCCGGCCUUUCCUGCACAAGCUCGAGCGGGUCACGACGAUCGGGCUGUCGCGCGUGCGAUGGCAUACGCUCCUGCCAGAAACGCAGGCUGCUUUCUUCAAGUUCUUCGCGCGCGUGCGAACGCUCUUCAUGUUCGAGGUGCGCUUCGAGGCGUCGCGCGACGUGCUGGACUUCUUGGGAGCCUUCCCCGCGCUGAACGAGCUCUAUUUCCACGGAGUCGCGUGGAACAAGGAGAGCCCGGCGCUGCUGAACGCGCCCUCAGACGAGACGGCGAUCCAGGCGACCCGGAGGGAGAAGGAGUGCAUGCAUCUGUCGUACCUUCACCCAUCGGAGCAGCACCUGCGCACGAUCCAGCUGUGCUGGAGGGAGAUCGAGAACAUGAAGCUGGUGGGCGACCUAUUGCACGCAAGCGGGGCGGCGCUUGAACGGCUGCUGGUCGAGUUCCCGUCUGGUGUGCCGAGGAAGGUGCGACACCGUCCUAACAACCAGAUUAGCCUCGUUCACAACACCGGCCUGCGCUCCGUGCGUUUUGGCGGACUGGACGCGAAGGCCGCUGCGUCGCAGGGCUUCAUGUCGAACCAGCUCUUCCCGUGGUUCGAGAUCACCUCCGUGGCCGACCUGCUCAGCCUCGACUGGGCGCGGAUCGACCGCGACGUGUCGCGCGAAGAGUACAAGGGCUUGCUGGUGUACUUCUUUGUCGUGUGCCAGGACAUGACGCCAAAGGCCGAGAAGGAGAUCCGCAACCUCAUCGCGGACCGGUUGCAUGGCCUGCGCGAGCGCGGGACGCUGUGCGUCUCGUGCGUCUAAUUAUGAUGGUGAGGUCUGUUCUUACUUGCCAGGUGGACGCGUCCGCCUCGCGUGCCCAUUCUCUUGCUUUUGAGGGGUUUAUUGCUAUGCUAUUGGGGUUUUGCUCUGCUGCUUUCUCUCACUGGAUCUCCUCGGGCUUUAAAUAGGCUAAUAUUGUAGACAGCUUCUGACAGGGAUCUACUUGGGACUUAUGUGUAGGGUAAUGUGUGUCACUCGUAGAUAUUGACUGACCUUGCUUGCUUUUGGGUUUUGUGGUGGGUGCGUUGCGGAUUAUACCUCUCGCGAGCAAGACAUAUGCGCGUUUGUGAAUGGCUUGUGUGAGUGCGAUGUUUCGCUUCAUCGCG